AUGACUAAAAGGCUAAAAAAUGUAAAAGUAAUAUUUACAUAAAAUAUUGUCUAGGAAUUGCAUAAAACUUUUAAAUAAAAUAUUGUAUAUUAUUGGAUUCAUAAGGAAUUAAUUGCAUAGCUUGUUUGCCAUCCUAUGCAUUACAAUCAAAUGGCACAUGCUUAUAUUUACAAGGAUACUGUAGUUCAAUUUGUUAGACCUGCUUGGACACAAAUCCAAAUUAUUGUACUUCUUGCAUUGCUGGAGAAGAUAAAAUUGCAUUAGAUGGUAUCUGCGUAUGUAAACCAAAAUAUGGCUUGUUAUAAUAAAUAUGCGAGCCUUGCUCCACUGGCUUUUGUUUUGAUUGCUAACCCGAUGAUUUUUAUUCCUGUAUUUCAUGUAAACCAGCAUCAAAUAGAAUAGUAGUUAAUAAGGAAUGUGUUUGUUAACCUAAUUCAUUUGAUCCUGAAAAUUUUGAUCAAAAAUGUAUUGGUAGAUUUGCUAAAUUAAUUUUAGUUUGUGAUAUAACAUGUCAAAAAUGUAAUGGUCCAUCAUAUGCAGAUUGUACUGAAUGUAUAGAGGAAAGUAUUUCAAACAGAAUUCAAGUUGCCAAUUUAUGUCCUUGCAAAUCUGGUUAUGGCGAAUUUGCAAUUAGGGAAGCAUAAUGUGGAAGUAUUAGAUGACAUUAAUUUUAGAAUGUCAUCCAAAAUGUGAAACUUGUUUUCAAGCUGCUGACGAUACUGAUAAUCAAUAUUGCCUCACAUGUAUUCCUGGGCAAAAUCGUGAGGUUUCAGACAAUUUUAAUUGUGAUUGCAAAGAAAAUUACGGAGAUUUUGGUGUUUUGGAAGUUUGUGCACGUAUUUUUAUAUAAUUAAUCUUAGUUUGCCAUUAUACAUGUGGAGCUUGCAAUGGUGUUGAAGCCACAAAUUGUAUACAAUGCUCAAUAAGUUCUAGUAGAGAACUAACAACUUUAGGAGAAUGCUUAUGUAAAUAAUCAUAUUAUGAUGAUAAUACAGGAAAUAUAGUAUGCUAAAGUAUGAAAUUAUUUUUAUUUAAUAGGGUGUCAUAAUUCAUGUGUUACAUGUGCAAACAGUAUAGAAAAGGAUGCAUGUUUAGAAUGUCCUUCAAGCAGGACAUCUGUCUUAUCAGGUAGUUACUUUGAAUGUGUUUGUACUGCACCAAAUACUUUUGAUGACGGAAGCUCACUAGAAUGCCAAUAAUGCGAUCAAACUUGUCAAACUUGUUAUGGUUCACUUUCUUCAAAUUGUUUAACAUGCGAUAAACUAUAUAGAUAGUCAGAAUUAUCAUCAUGUGUUUGUCCUCCUGAAUAUUAUGAUAUAGGAUAAUUAGAAUGCGCAAGUAAGCAUAAAUAAAUAAAAAGAAUGCCACUAUUCUUGUUACAAAUGCUUUGAUGAGAAGGCAGAUAGCUGUAUUGUUUGUUCAUAGGAGCUUAGUUUUAGAAUAAUAAAAGGUAAUAUUUGCAAAUGUAUUGAUGGAUAUUAUGAAGAGCCUGGAAUUUCUUAAUGUUAAAGUAAAUAUCUUAAAUAUUGCUUGCUAAGAAUGUUCAUAUAAAUGUGAAAAAUGUGAUAAUAAACCAGACUAAUGUUUGAGCUGUCCAUUAAAUUCGAAACGUGCUUUUGAUCCUAUUAAAGGAUGUCCUUGCCCAUCAGAAUACUUUGAUAAGGAAGAUGAAAUAAAUUGUUAAAGUAGAUUUAAUAUAAAUUAGAGAAUGUCAUUUCAAAUGCAAAACAUGUUAUGGUAAGGAUUAAACAGAAUGUCUCUCCUGUGAUUCUUCUGCCUAUAGAGAACUUUAAACUAGUUCCUGUUUAUGCUAACCACAUUACUUUGAGAUAGAGUUUUCAGAAUGUGGAAGUAACUAUUCAAUCUAAAAUUAGCUUGUAGGGCAUUCUGUUAUGAAUGUACAUAGGAUUCCUCAAAUUGUACAUCGUGUUAUAGUGAUAGAUAUUUGGUUGGAAAUACUUGCAACUGCAUUACUAAGUAAUAAGGAGCUACAAUAAGUAUGUUUGAAUAUAAUGGAAUGAUUAAAUGCGAAAGUAUAAUUCAAUCAAUACAUAGAAUGUCACUAUUCAUGUGGAACAUGUAAAGGAAUAUCUGAAUAGGAUUGCAUCACUUGUAUUGAUACUGAGAACAGAUUCUAAAUAGGAAAUACAUGUGUCUGUAAGGGAGGAUAUUUCGAUGCAGGAUUGCCUAUUUGUCAAAGUAUUAAUGGGUUAUAACUAAAUAGAAUGUAGUUAUAAAUGUAAAGAAUGUUCUCAGAACGCUGAUAGUUGUAUUUCUUGUCAAGAUACAGAAAAUUAAAAGUUUAGUUAAUAAAACCAAAAGUUUAAAGUCUACACUAAAAGAUUUCCUUGACGAAUUGCAACAGCUUAAGAUACCAUAUUUCAGGUUUUAAUAAAUGUUUAUGCAUGGAAAGAUAUUUUGAAGAUGGAUAAAAUGAAGUUUGUUAGAGUAUUUAUUGAUUCCUCAUUUUUAUUAGAAUGCCAUUAUUCAUGUCUUAGAUGUAAUGAUAUUGAUACUAAAUGUGAAUUAUGCUCAAAGGACUCAAAUAGAACCUACGAUGAACUAUUUUUUUCUUGUAAUUGCAAUAUUGGAUAUUAUGAUAAUGGAGUUGAAACUUGUUAAUAAUGUCAUUAUUCAUGUUUAAGUUGUAAUUCUUAAGAUUCUAAUUCCUGUAUUUCCUGUGUAGAAGUUGAUACAUCAAAUAGAGUCUUUUAUAAUUAGACAUGUAAAUGCUUAUUUGGAUAUUUUGACGAUGGUUAAUCAAUAUCAUGUUAAAAAUGUGAUAUUUAGUGUUUAAAUUGUAUUCAACAAUCUUAUAUCUGCUUAUCAUGUCCCUAAACAAGAAAAAUAGAAACUAAUUGUAAAUGUCAAUAGGGUUACUAUGAAGUUGGGGCAUAGUAUUGCUUAGAAUGUAAUUCAAAUUGCAUGACCUGUUUAAACACAGCAAAGAACUGUACCUCAUGCGAUUCUAUUUAAUUUAGAGAAAUUAACUUAAAAACAAGAACCUGUGAUUGUUUAGUAGGAUUUAUUGAAGUUGAUGGAACUUGCUAAUAAUGUAACCAAAAGUGUGAGACGUGCUCUUAAGUCAUUAAUGAAUGUACUUCUUGCGUUAAAUAUCGCUACUUGAAAGAUAAAGAUUGUAUUUGUAUUAAUGGAAUGUAUGAAUCAAACGAUGAUAAAUAAUGUAAAUUAUGUAGUAAGAUAUGUUUAACCUGUGUUAAUUAAAGCGAUUACUGUUUAACUUGCUCAAUAGCUAAUUUUAGACAAUUUAAAACUGGAAAUACCUGUGAAUGCAUAUAAGGAUAUUACGAAAAUCCAAUUAAUCAGAAUUGUGAACAAUGUGCAAGUUCCUGUUUAACUUGUUCUUUAAUAUAUGAUAAUUGCUUAACUUGCAAUACUAGUCUUAAUUUAUUUUUAGUUAAUAAUAGAUGUCUAUGUUAAUAAUCUUAUUAUUUUGAUGCAUAAUCUAAUUCAUGUCUAUGUAAUAAUUCAAUUAUAACCAAUAGAGUGUAGUAUCACUUGUUUAGAAUGCUAAAAUAGUAGUUAAUGCGUAUCUUGUCGAUUAACAACCAGAUAUUUUGAUGAAGAAUCAAAAUAGUGUUUAUGUAAAAGUGGAUUUUAUGAACAAAAUUAAUAAAACUGUGCUUGUAAUAAUGUAUUUAAUUGUUAUUAGAAUGCGAUUUAACAUGUUAGACUUGUGAAAAUACAAAUACAAAUUGUAUAACUUGCACAAGUGAAUUUAAAAGAUAGUUAACAGCAAAUAAGUGUUUGUGCAUCGAUGGCUAUUAUGAAGCAGGAAUCGAAACGUGUUAUAAGUGCAAUAAUCUUUGCAAAACAUGUUAAUUUUCCCCCUCAAAUUGUUUAAAAUGCUUUGAAGUUGAACAAAAUCGGUUGUAUUAGGAUAAUAAAUGUUUAUGCAAACCUGGAUAUUUUGAAUAAAAUACAGAGAUCUGCUCAAGUAAUAGAUUUAUAUGAUAAAAUAGAAUGCUCAAGUGAAUGUUUAACCUGCAAAGGUUCAGCUAAUCUAUGUACAAGUUGUGAUAUUGAUGCUAAGAGAAUUGAUCAAUCAAUUAUCCACAAAUGUCCUUGUAUUAGUGGAUUUUAUCAAGACUAGGAAUACAUUUGUUAAAGUAAAUCUAAAUAUGAUAAUAGAAUGUCAUAUUAAAUGUUAAUCUUGUGUAAACUAGAGUGAUAAAUGUUUAAGUUGUAAUUUCGCAUUAAAUGCAAAUCGCAAACCUCUAUCUGGUUAAUGUGAUUGUAAAGAAGGUUAUUUUGAUGAUGGAACAUAAAUUUAAUGCUAAAAAUGUAACUUCAAUUGUAAAACAUGUGUCCUUUCAGCGAAUAAUUGCCAAAUUUGCUAAAAUAAAUUGCGAACUAAUCCACCAACGUGCAAUUGCAUAGAUGGGUAUUAUGAAGAUGAGUAAUUCACUUGUUAAAGUAAAUUUUACUUCUUAAAAAGUUUGUUCUACUUAAUGCAAUACUUGUGAAUUUGAGCCCUCAAAUUCUUUGACUUGCAAACCAGGAAGAAUUGAUAAGGAUUGCAAAUGCAUAGAUGGAUAUUUUGAAAUUGGAUAAAUUAUUUGCCAACGUAUCAAAUGAUUAUAAUUUCCUUAUAGAAUGUGCACAUUAGUGUGCUACUUGUCACUUCGAUCCUUUAAAUUGCAAAACUUGUAGAGGUAAUCGAAUUCAAGAGCCUUUUUGUAUUUGUUAAACUGGAUAUUUUGAUGACUAGUUGAAUGAAAAUUGUUAAAAAUGUGAUAGUACUUGUUUAGAAUGUAAUGUUAACGGAUGUUAAUCGUGCUUUGGAAAUAGAUUGCUAAAUGAUGAAAAUGAUUGUAUUCCUCCCCCAAACUCAAUUUCUUAUGAAACUACACCUUGGUGUUCAAGUAAAUUAUUCAAAUAGAUUACUAGCUUGCCAAGUAGCAAUUGUGAACGCAUUUUUAUCAGAUGACCUUAGUAAUAUAAUAAUUCAUUUUGAUUUUCCUUUAAAUCCAAAAUCCUUCACUUCAUAAUUAGAAAAUAAUAAAUGUUAUUAAUUAUUUGAAUUAGUAUCUAUGUAAACAUUUGGUUAUAAUCCUACUUGCUUUAUUAACUCAUAAGAUAAUUAGGAAUUAUUGAUCUAACUAGGAGAAAACCCAAACAUCAAUGUUGGUGAUGAAAUCCUAUUUAAAAGUAACUCCAUCUCUCAUCUUGAUUGCGAAACUGCCUUAUAACAAUUUUUCUUUACUUAAUUAUAAUCACCAAUCCAUCUACUUCCUCCAAGAAUUGAGUUUAAUGUACCUCUUCAUAAACUCAAUCCCAAUGGGGAUAACUCAAUUUAUCUAAAAUAAAUUUAAUAUAAUGGAAAUCGAAAGCUAAAUAAUAUCAUUUGGACUUAUGAAUUGCAGUAAAAUGAAGCUAACUCUGAACUUGCUUAAUUCUUAGAUUCAAUUAAUUUUAGAUAAGAAAUACAUUUAUUCAUACCAAAGUUUACAUUACCUACUAAUGCAGCAGUGAAAUUUAAGAUUGAAUAUUAAAAUUUUAUUCAUACUUAUUCUUACUCUGAAUUUAAAAUAUAAACUCAUUCUGGAAAGCUUCCUUAAAUUGAUAUAAAGGCAAAACCUUCUUAUUUUGUUUAUGAGAAUAUCAAAAUUGGUGUUUCUGUAGGUAGUUUGGAAGAAUUAAAUGCAACAGAUAAACCUAAGUACUAGGUCCAUAUUAAUGAUAUUGAUGUAAAUCCUAAAUCAUCAUCAUCCUCAAAAUUAAAUACUUUAUAUUAAUCUGAUUCUUGUUAAAUGGUCUAUACCAUGAUUUAAAAAUAUGCUUUAAGCCCAAAUUCAAAUUAUACCUUUCAAGUCACUGCAACUAAUUUAAAGACAUCUGAAAGUUAAGUAUAAAAUUUCACUAUUGGUAUAUUAUCGGCUGGAUUGCUUUGUUAGUUCAAUAAUUAAGGAUAUUAGAAUAUUCAAAGAGAUUUAAACCUCUAAAUUUUUUGUCAAGAUUUAGAUUACACCUAUAAAUGGAACAAUGAUCCAGAUUUGCUCAUUUAAGUGGCUUGCAAGGAUCUAUUACGGAAUAAUAAUUGUUAAGAUGAUAGAAAGCAAACAAUUAAUGUUAAUAAAACUGAGACAUUUCAAUUCAUAAGAAAGAAUUCCAUUUCUCCCUUUUCAACUCAAGAAUGGACUGUAACUGCAUCUAAAUUUCAAUAAACUUCCAAGUUUACUUUAGUUAUUAUUUAUCUAGACGAUGAAUUCCCAUUUUAGGAACUAGAAUUCAAUAAGGGUUAUUUAAUGAGAAAAAUCAAUAAUUAUGAAAAAUUAAAUUUUACAUUUCUAAUUCCUUUUGAAAAAAGAUCUCAGUUAUUAGAACUAUCAAUUGCAAUUAUUUAUGACUACGAGAUUAUAGAAAUACUUCAACCAAAAUAUCAAUCACAUUAAUUCAAGAUAUUUAAUUACAUCAAAGAAUUAAAGUUUGGUAAUAAUAUCAAUCUUAAAUUUUCAGCAUAAUAUACAAAUAAUAUUAUGCCAAACUUAUAAAAUUUAAAACUGUCUAUCAAUUUCCCUCCUAAAUGUUCAAAAUUAAUUAUUACUCGUUCAAGUGAUUUAGCAUUGACAAAUUUUCUAGUAACAGCUGUUUGUGAAUUAUCAAAUGAUUCUCCAUAUAAAUUUUAACUUAGGCUAUUUUUGAGAGAAUCAGAUUUAACUGAAUUUUUAAAAGGAAUAUCAGAUAAUUCCUUAACUUUUUUUCCAUUUUAAGAUUCAAAUUAAUUCUCAAUUUAAACUCCUUCUUCUAUGAACUAAUCAAAAAUUGGAAUUUUGGUAUAAGUUCUUGAUAAUGGAGGAUCAGUAACUAAUAUUUUUGAAAAGAUUAUAAUGAAGUCUGCAGCAAUAAAUUGCACAUUGCUCUAAUUCUAGAAUUUGAAUUUAUAAAACAAGAUAUUAUUGUUAUUUGAAACACUGAAUCAAAAAUGUGAUUGGUUGCAUUCAUAAAUUUAUCUUGAUUUGCUAUCAAAUUUAAUCUUACAAGAUAAUGACGAGAACACCCUGAAAUUUUAGGCAGUUAAAUUAUAUAAACAGCUUUUAGUCUUAUAAAAAGAACCUGAUAAUCGCUUAUUAAAGGAAACAAUCCAAACAAGUUGUUUAGGUCUUAACUCAAACCAUUUAUACAUUACAUCAAAUUCAACCCAAUCUGAGGUUAAUUUAACUCUAAUUUUAGAAGAAUUAAAGAAUAAUAUUCAUAAAUUAGAUUUAGCACUAAAAUACUAUAUUAAAAUGAAAAAUUAAUUUGACGACGAACUUAAAUUAAAUUAGUAUAUUUGGGAUGAAGAAACCUUUUAAAAGUAUGAAAACUAACAAUAUUUACUAAUAACUUUAUUAUACUAUCUUGAUGAUGUCUAUUCUUACCUGUCUUCAAUUAACUUAAAAAAUGAAACUAUUAAUCAAGCAGUAAAUGAAUUAUUAAGAUUUAUACCUUAGAUUGCUGAAGAAACAUAAAAUAUGCUAGUUGUAAAUGAAUAGCCAUUAAUUAUUAUUGGAAAGGAGAUUGCUUGGUAGAUUAAAAGAACAACAAAGGCAAAAUUUAACUAAUAAUUUAAAUUAGAAUCAAUACCAGAAGAUUUUCUAAUUGAUUUUAUUCAAUAUGAAUCCACUUACUUUAAAACAAAUCCUUUAAGAUUUAUUAACGAUUUGAAAUAUAUCUAAACUUAAUUGAAUGACUAAACGAUAUAAGUAUACCCAGAACACUAUUACCUAAUAAAUUUGAAAAAUGCCUAACAUAAUAGAUAUUUAUAAUAUGAAAAUUUUUCCUCAAUUUAUGGCACAAAAUUUGGAUCCUAUUAGAUUUGCUAAAAUAAUACUGAAUUAUUAUCGGAAUAAGAAAUUAUGUGCGCAGUAAAAACCAUCUCUGGAAUGUUUUCAUAUUGUGAUUUGAGUGAAUUAUAAAAGAAAAAUACCAUUGAGCUAACUUGUGAAUGUAAUAAAUUUGGUGAUAUUUUCUUGAUCACAUCGACAAAAUUUAAUAAAUUAAAUAGCAAUGAUCAUGAAGAAAUAUCGGAUAUUAAUUUUGCUUUCACAUAUAAGGAUGUAUUAGCUUUAAGAAUUGGUGUUGGAUCAUUAUCAGUAAUAUUUCUAGCAAUUUAUAUUUUUCAACUCAAAAAAGAUUACAAAGAUGAGUAGGAUAGAACUGAAACUGAAUAAAGUAGCUUGAAUUCAUAAAAUGUUUAAGAUAAAAAUAAUUAUAUGUUUCAGGGUUGUACAAACGUGUUCAAGGAAAAAUUUUAAGUAUCAAUAAAUUAUUAUUUAGUAAAUCCAUCAAAUAAUAUAGUGA